GGCGAGUGGUGGCAUUUUGUUCGGAGGGAAGCGAGCGUGGAGCAGGAGGUGAAACGAGAGGCGAGUUCACUGCGCUUCGGUACUCUGGAAAAAGCUUAACAGUGAUGCACUGUUAUUACAACACACUAAUAGGCUGGACAGUAUGAUUUCAGAUGCUGUUGCAGAUUUCCAACCACAAAGCCAUGGCUGUAUAACAAAGCAUAAAUGUGAUGAACAUAUCUUGAAGCAGAUAGCAACUCGUUCAUUUGUGGAUAGCAAAAUUGUAUCAAAAAUGGAAAGAUCGGGCUCAUUAAUUCGGGUUAUUGAAAAAUUAAGUAAGAUUGUGGAGAAAGGAAGAUCAAAGCAAUAUUCUCUAGCUGGUCAAAAGAGGCCUUAUACUAAUACCGCUGACGCAAGAAGUGCAAUAUUUGAACAUGCUGACAGCUGUGGGAGCACAGCCAAAAAACCUGUGGACAUAAACUAUGAUAAGUUACAGGAUGAUACCACAAUUAGAGAGACUUACUUUAAGACACAAGAUUUGCCUAAGAGUUGUAAUAUGCUAGAUCGAAGGACACAUAACUCUGCAGAUAAAACAUACACUUCAAAAAGAUUCUGUUGUACUGUUUGUGACUAUGUUGCUGCAGAGCAACCAGCUUUUUACGUACACUUACGCAGCCAUAACAAUGCUGAGAUCUAUACAUGUGAACAGUGCAACUUUGCCACUACUGUUUCCAAAGAUCUUGCCGAACACAGAUAUUUGCACAGGAACCUCACUCGAUAUCAGUGUAAUUUAUGUAAAUUCAGUUCACUGACUUUUCCACAGUUAAAGGAGCACUUUGAACAACAUGGAAAGUCCAGUGAGGUGGUGUUGAUGUGUUCUGAGUGUUGUUUUGUUUCAAAAAAGCAGGAGGAGCUUGAAGCUCACAUUUGGAUCCAUCUCGAAGAUGCACAGAUACAGAGGAAACAUUUGCCACAGAUUCAGCAGCAAUCAGAGUUAAGUACCAUAGGCAGUGCAAAAUCAGGAGGCGUUGCUUUGGACUCUGAACCAGGCCCAAGAAAGUGGUAUACAUAUGAUCAGUACGGCAUGUAUAGGUGUUUGAUUUGCAGUUAUGCUUGUGAUCGCCAGAGAAUGUUAAAAACACAUGCAUGGAAACAUGCUGGUGAAGUUGAUUGUUCAUAUCCAAUUUUUGAGGAGGUAUCUGAGCCAACUACCUCCGCAGUUUCAUCUACAGCUCUCACAACUCAUGAUGAUGAACCAGUUAUUGUUUUUACAACAGCAGGUAAAUCAGAAAGUGUGCACUGCACUGGUUCAAAUCAGUUGCAGUUUUGUGGUGUGGCUCCAGUUACUGUAAUUAACUCAUUGGACUGCAGGCCCUCUCUAUCUGAGACAACUGUGAAAAGUUCUGAUGUUACCUGCUCAAAAGCACCGAGUCCAGCCGUAAUGGAAAUUGUCGAAGAGGAGUCUCUGAUACUGGAUUGUGAACAUGAAAGCACAAUUUCUGAUAGCCUUCUUUCUUCCGCACAGAAGAUAAUUAACUGUAGUUCAAACAAGGUGGGGCAUGUCAAUGUUAUUGUGGAGCGGGUUCCAGGAGCUGGAGAUACUGUUCCAGAAAAGCACUUUCUAAUGACACCAGACAUUGAAGUGGAAAAGAGACUUAUCUCUGAAAAGUCUCAUGUGAUCUAUUAUGAAGAUCCUUCAGAAAUGUAUCAACAAAGUAACAGUACGACUGAAGUGGAAACUGCUGCCAUAGAGUGGAAUCCUGACGAAAGUAAUAAUGUUUUAAAACCUUCUGAACCUGCAGCAGUUGAUGAAAAUGUUCCACCAGCACGAAGGAGAACCAAUUCAGAAUCUUUGCGGCUUCAUUCAUUGGCUGCUGAAGCUCUCGUUGCAAUGCCAACAAGAGCACCAGAAUUAACCAGAGGGAAUGCUAAAAAUCCUGAACCUGAUACAGGGCAGAUAGGUGUAGACGUCAGCACUUCCAUUUCUCCCGCUCUCAGUUAUUCUCGAGAUGGUACUAGUGACUUACAGCUUGAUAAAGCUAAAUCUGGUUUUUCUGAAGUACCUAUCAAAAUGGGCAUCAGCAUGUCAUUACUCACUGUAAUUGAAAAAUUGAGAGAAAGAACUGACCAAAAUGCUUCUGAUGAAGAUAUCCUGAAAGAAUUACAAGAUAAUGCACAAAGUCAACCUUCAAAUGAACUGGGUUCAUCAGGCAACCUAGUGGAGUAUAUACCCAAUACAGAGCGGCCUUACCGUUGUUGUCUCUGCCACUAUAGCAGUGGUAACAAGGGGUACAUUAAACAGCACUUAAGGGUUCAUCGGCAACGACAGCCUUACCAGUGUCCAAUCUGUGAUCACAUUGCUUCUGAUAGCAAUAGUCUGGAAAGUCAUAUGAUAAACCAUUGCAAGACUAGAAUGUAUCACUGCAAGAGGUGCAGUGAAGCAUUUUAUUAUAAGAACCAGCUCCGGAACCAUGAGUGUGAGCAACAUGGCCCCUCUCACAUUUCCUCAACAAAUGAUGAGAAUACUGACUGUAGUAGAGAUGGGGAAACUGAAAGCACACAGGAAGAAAUACUGUCAGCUCAGAAGCUGUACAAAUGCGAUGUGUGUGACUACACAAGUUCAACAUAUGUUGGUGUGAGAAACCACAGAAGAAUCCACAACUCUGAUAGACCGUACAGAUGCAGUAGCUGUGACUUUGCAACAACAAACCUGAACAGCUUAAAGUGUCAUAUGAAACGCCACCCACAGGAGCAUCAGGUUGUUCAGUUGCUGGAACAGUAUAAGUGUUCUCUAUGUGGUUAUGUGUGUAGCCAUCCUCCAUCUUUGAAAUCCCAUAUGUGGAAACAUGCAAGUGAUCAAAAUUAUAAUUAUGAACAGGUGAAUAAGGCCAUAAAUGAAGCCAUUUCUCAAAGCAGCAGGUGUCAAGACCUCCAGCGAAAACCUGCAGAUGAGGAUGUUGAAGAAAUAUCAUCAUCGUCACCAUCACUUCAUCCUCUUUCUACAAAUUCUGAUAAGCCUCCCUCAGCUCCAGAGGCAGUGAGCCUCAUUACUGAUGAAACCAAAGGCCCCGAAAAGUGCCAGAAAUUGAAUUCAGACUUAAAUGUCUCUGAUACACCAGGAAAGGCUGGGAGUCAGAUUCGUGCUGGCAUGGAGUACUGUGUGCUGUUAUUCUGUUGCUGUAUCUGUGGUUUUGAAUCCACCAGUAAAGAGCUAUUGAUGGAUCAUAUGAAGGAACAUGAGGGUGAGAUCAUUAACAUUAUCCUCAACAAGGACCACUGCUCCCAACCUGAACAGAGUGGCUCUGACUAAAUCAACCUGGAGAAGCUAUAUUUACAAAACAAAUUGCCUCUUUAUAGAAGGGUCAUGAGAUAAACUAUUGAACAAACCGUGAAUGUCAACAAUUCAAAACAUGAUUUUAGUCCCUUUUUAAAUGGUGUAAAGAUUACUGUUGUCACCCUUUUCAGAACAUAUUACAAGUAAUAUCUUGCAUAUAAGUAACCUAGGUGCAAGAAGAUGUGCGAGGAUCAUUUUGAUAUUUCAUUUCUCCUAUACUGUCCUGCACCAUGUCCUAAAUACUGGUGCUUUAGGUACAGAUAAUAUUUCUGUAUUUAUUGAAGUUUUUUUAAUAUUUAUGCCUGUAGUUAUAAGCUGUUACAUGCAGUGAAGUUAUUGUAUUCACAAUGCACUUUGCUUAUGGUGCUAUUUUGUAAUCAUAUCACUGUACGUGAAGGGGUUGCAGAAUGAAAACUUUUACCUUGUUCAGUAAUAAUAUGAAUUUAGUCUUUGAACAAAGGUUUUGUUCAAAGUUCUGUGUCAUACAGUAAUUUUCUGGGGAAAUGGUCUUGCCAAAGUCUGCACAGGUUUUUCUCUUUUUGAGAACGAUGGCAGGCUGACUUGAAACAUGAGAGUUUCAGGUAUGUGCUUUACAACCCAGUGCAAAUGGAAAUGAAUAAAGCCUCUUCAGACAAGCAAGUUAACAUGUUGUUCAUCUUCAGAAGACAUCAUGCUUUAAUCUUGUGGGUUUUUUUGUGUUCCAUGAAUACCUAAUUUUACUGUAGACAGAUUAUCUUUGAAGUUCCAUACAACUAUGCUGUUGAGUUAUUUCAAAGGGAUCAGAAAACUGGCUUUGUUCCAAACAUAGCAUGCACUGACAUUUUAAAACCUAUUUUGUUGGAGGAAUGGAAAACUGCUAACUUAUUUUACCCUUUGGUUCAGAUGCAUAUUUAAAGUUUGCAAAUGUUCACAAGGAUUAUGAUCCUGCAAACUGAAAUGCCCAGGCUUUGAGAUCUACACUUAGAGUGUAUACAAAAUUGCUAUUUUAAUAUGUUGUAUCACAAGUGGAAGUUAUUCAAAUCAUCUUCAAUAAGAUCAUAAUUAUGGAACCAUUUACUCAGAGGUUUGUCCUGAGUUUUUGGUAAUAGAGAUGGCCACUUAUGUAAAAAUAAAUAUUAGUAAUUUGACUUGAAACGGUUAUAAUUAUUGAUUUUACUGCUUAAAAUUAUGAUUUCACUAAUUUUACAAGAAAUAUUGCACUGAAUUAUAUAAGUUGAACAAGCAGUAAAAGGUACCUUGCUACAAUUCAACUUGCAUCUAAAAUUGUCCAUCUGAGUUUGAAGGAAAUCCAUGUAAAAUUUAGCAAUGUAUUUGAAGAUAUAAAACUGAAUUUACUUAUAACAGACAUGAGCAUUGACGUGAAUAGAAUUUGAAAAAUGUAACAAUGAUUUUAUAAUUAGUUAAAUAUAUUGGUUUAAUACAGAUAUUGUGACUAAAUGAUAGUUAAGAAUUUUGAAUUUACUGUUCAUUUUUGAACUUCAGUUUUUAGAACUCUGAAUUUCUGUUUAGUUUGGGCAAUAAAUUAAUUUUAUCAGCUAUGACUUAAACAUUAAAAAUCUAUUUAAAAUUCAAAUAUCUACUAGGAAAUAUUGCUAUUUACACCCAGUAGUGUCUUUGAGAAAUAUAAAGACAUCCUUAUCUCCAUGCAUGUCUUCGGCCAAAAUGGUAUUGGGAUUGUGAAAAUUGCCAGAAGAACCAGUUUGUUGUCUUCCUUCUGAAACUUACCACAAACAAGUAAGGGAGAUAUGUGUCUCAAUUGUAACUGUCAGGGUGCUUAGUAUUUGUCAACUGAUAAGAAGAGGUUUCCCAAACACUUCCACAUGAAUUUGGUAUCUUUUUUAAAAUAUAAAGAUUGUGGUUUGAGUGAGGAUAUGUUUGCUUUUUCUAAGAUAAAUUUGUACUGAAUAUUCUGUGCAUUUGAUAUUGCCGAGGCAAACAUACUGUUAACAUUCAUCACUUUCUUUUUUACUUAGAAAAAAAAAUGCAACGGUUAUUGUGUUGAAAUUUGCCUUUAGUUUUACAAUUCUUCGUAAGCCAUCAUGGUAAAACUAACCGACUGUCUUGUAGUUACUGGGUUCAUCCUUUCUUCGAUAUUCUAAAACCUAGCAGUGGUUGGAAGAAUAUUGUGAAGCUGUAAUGGACUUGCAGUUAUUUGAAAGACAAUGGGGAGCAAUAACGAUAACAUCCAAACUGCUGAUAUGAGAAUUUGUAAUGCCUUGUUCACAUUGCAUACAAAGUGAAUGAAUCUGAAAAGUUUCUAGUUUUGCCCAAUUGUACUGAUUAUUUAUGUAGUGCAUGCAUAAUUAUUUAGGCUACUUGCAAACCAAGAAAGAACUGAUUUGGUUUCAGUUCACAACAUGAAUGAAACUAAGGUUUUUUAGAAACUGAAUCCAUUGUGCUUGUUUCACACUGUUUUUACAUAAGGCAACGUCCUAUUGAUGUUAAUGAUUGAGAUUCCAGCUUAAUAAAUGUACAGUAGGUGACAUACUGUAGAAUGUCUGUGCUUACAUAGGUAAAAUUUCACAAUCUUGCAUAAAUUCUCUUACUGAUUAGAGAAAUUAAAGCCAUAGUAAGCCAACAUUAUUCACCUACUUUACAUUUUGUGGUGACUGAAAUGAUUUUCACAGGUUGCGGACAUUCUAAGAGAUCAGAAGGAAAAUAUUAGAGAUAAAUAAAAUAAUUGCUUCAACAGCUGUUUGUAUAAAGUUCCAUGUAUUUAAGAGUAAAUUAUGGUUCCAAGGUUUAGGAGCUGAAGGAAUAACAGGAUCUGUAUUCAAAGUUUUUUGUUCCUCUUUAAGCUGGAUUCAGCUGUGCAAGUACUUCCACUGUGAACCUGAAUUAACGCAAGGUUGACUGAAAUUUUAAAUACUCUGCAUUGUGGGUAGCUUGCAGUUUGCUUGCUAUCAUACUUUACACCGGUUUAUUUUGGGUGAUCGUGCCACAGGCAAGGCUAAGGAAAACUUACUUUUGUGAGACAUUAAUGCAUUUAAUUUUAAAGGUUUAGUCUGCAGUUUUUAGAACCUCUUACAAAAUGUAUUUUUUAUUUCUGUUAUUGUUUCUCUUAUCACAUUAUGUUUUUGUUUUGUAUUUCUAUGCUCAUAACUGUAUUUCCAAAACUUAUGAAAGAUAUUAAAUGAAAGUUUCAUAAGGUGGCUACUGGUACCAUAUGUGGACAUUUUGAGAGCACUUAGUUAAAAUAAUAUAUAAUUGUUAAACAUCCAUGAUUCUACAAGGAAAGUUUAAAAUUUGAUACCUGAAAUGGAUACAGAAACUUAUAAGUAGAUGUAACAUACAUGCCAUUUGAUAUUAAAGAAUUAUUUUGAAUACAUGUCAUCAAUUACACUAAAACAUUUUGUUAGCCAAAGCAUUUUGGAAAACUGACAAGUAUCUUUUAACAAUAGGACUGUAUGAGUGUGAGCGUGUAGGAAUGUGUAUCCAAGUUUGAUCUGCACGUUAAGCUGCAUGCCUUAAUGCCAAAAGCUCUUUGGAUCUCUUACGGUAGAACUGAUCAAGUUUUUCUGUGUUAAUAAAACCAGACCUGUAGUACUUCUGUAAUUAUUGUUCUACUUAAUGUUGUGUAACAUUAAUUUAUUUUACUUGUAAUGUUUGUCAUCUAUUAUGUUUACUCAAUGUACCAUUUGUAAUUUGGUAAUAAAUCUUUGUCUUAAAAAAUGA